GAAACAAAUAUCAUUUUACUUACACAUUUAAAAUGUCAAGCAAAGUAAGCAACACAGCAUCUAAAAGCACUUGCAACAAAUAUACAAGCAAUGCUUAUCGUUACAAUUGCAAAAAUAAAUCUGCAAGCAGAAUCGUGGUACCAAAGAAAAUAUUGAUUUCCAAGAAACUAACUGGUUCUACCGACGAGGGCAAGAGUUCUUCCGCUGGAGUGAUAUCCAACGCUUUACCAAAGGUGAAGAAAACAGCCAAAUCCGAUCUUAGUUUCAACAAAAAGCCUGUCAGAAAAGCAAGUCCCCUAGAUGUGUGUAGAAAAUGCGGCGAUUCCUUACAAAACAGAAACACUGAUAGUCAAAGCGAAAUAAGUCGAUACAAAACUAAUCAAAACUUGUGUGCUACGUCCUCUAAUACAAAUAAUAGAAAUAACACAAACUGCGAGAGAACUAAAUCCGUACAACAAUACUACAUGAAUGAAAAUUUCGAUCUCUCAACAGAAUCGGUGCACGAAACCGAACAUAUCAGGAAAACAUCGCUUAACACUAUAAAAGAACUCCCAGAAGCGCGAACAAUAUCUGAUGACACUAUUUUCAGAAUACAUUCAGAAUCGGAAUCGGAAAACGGAUUCUUAGAUGUCGACGAUGAGGAUGUUAUUAAAUCUUUGAAAGAAUUCCGCAAUAAGAACUACUUCGAAUGUCAUUCAGCUAGAUCCAGAAUCAAGAAUGUAGGAUCAGCAACAGCUCUUGGAGAUCAUCAAUGCGUCUACAGAUUUUAUCUAAAUGAUCGCUUAUUUCCAGUUCCAUUGAACACUGAUUAUAACAAUCAAAUACGAUGUGUUGAAUGCCACUUACCAAUGGAAAUGAAACCUCAAGACAGCAAUAAGAUUAACGGGACCAUUCAAGCUAAAGUGAAACUUGGUGACGAACUUAAAGAUACAAUGCUUCUUCUACCUGCUGAAGAACCUUUGAUAAUCAAAGAGAAGAGAACAGAAGACAGAAGUAAUUUAGAAGAAGUGUAUUUCGGUGUGAUCAAACUUGAUAUUAAUGGCAAUUCUAUGUUUGGAAGUACGCAACCUAACAAUUCAUUUGCUCUAAAAUAUCAGAAGGGUUACAAAGAAUAUGUGAAUAGAUAUAGCGACUGUUAUAAAGGUGUGGAUCAAAAUGAUGUUAUUGUUAUAUGAACUGAUCUUUAUGGCGUCAAACAAGCAAAAUGCCCCUCACUGGGCAUUGGUCGCAACGUUCGACGGACCUAUUUAUUAGACUACCGACUUGAAUACACUGUUCCAGAAAAACGGUUCGCUAGUUAUAUGUUUUGAAGCUAUCUACUCAAAAUUAUAAAAUAUGUAGAAAAAAUAAUUAAACGUCAUAUUUUCACAAUAUGUUAAUUUAACAUUGGUAGUUUCAAAAUUAUUACAAUGUGAAUAUUGAUUGAUUGUGAUUUCGUGCAUUUCGUCCUAAAGCUCGCAUUAUUUUAAUUCGAAACCAACACUAUUAAAAGGCAUUUUAAGGAAUGUUUUGGUAGUUUAAAACUCUCAAAAAGCCCUAAAUUUGAUUUUUAAGUAAAUUAUUUGAAAAUGUUUCCAUAUUUCCGACGUAAGUUGUGCCGAUAAUGUAUAAAAUAAGUAGAUGAUGAUGACAUUUAAUAAGAUAAUAUUAUGUAAUAAUGUCCUUGAUUUUAUUUGAUUUGAAUGAUCAGGAAAUUGUAUAACAAUAUCGAGAAUAAUCAAAGAUGUUUGA